GAUCAAGUUACACUGAGAUGAAGGGUCUUUCAAUCUGCCACAGCUCCACAGCCAGCUCUUCCCUACCUGGUUUCAUCAUUUUCUUCAUUACAUUUUAUGUUCACAAGCUGGAAUCAGCUCGGUUCACUGUGGUUGGACCUGAUCACCCUGUCGCUGCCAUUGUGGGUGAGGAUAUCGUGUUACCCUGUCACCUGUUCCCCAGGAUGAGCGCUGAGAACAUGGAGGUGAGAUGGUUCCGAUCUGAGUUCACUUCAUUUGUGCACCUGUAUCAGCAUGGGAAGGAUGAGUAUGGGCAGCAGAUGCCAGAGUAUCAUGAAAGGACGGAGCUUUUGAAAGCCGGCAUCAUGGAUGGGAAUGUUGCCUUGAGGAUUGUGAAUGUCAGACCCUCUGAUGAAGGACAGUACUGCUGUUUUGUUCAAGAUGGUAUCUUUAAUGAAGAAGCUGUAUUGGAACUGAAGGUAGAAGCUUCAGGCUCUGCACCUCAAAUCUCUGUUGAGGGAUAUCAGGAUGGAGGGAUCCGAAUGGUGUGUCAGUUGGCUGGAUGGUACCCAGAGCCCGAGGUGCUGUGGAGAGAUCGCAACGGGCAGCUUUUAUCUCCCUCUACUGAAACAAAAUCCCAAGAUGGACGAGGGCUCUUUGAAAUAAAAAGUUCUAUCAUUAUAACAGAAAAUUCAAACCAGAAUUUAUCCUGUUCGGUAAGGAACGCUUACUUCAGCCUAGAAAAGGAACCCUCAACUUUUUAUAUAUCAGAUUUCUUUUUCCCAAGAAUGUCUCCUUGGCUGGUGGUGUGGAGUGUGACUCUGGUGAUUUCGUUAGUGUUCGUCGGCCUUACUCUUUUUCUGCUCAAAUUAAGAGGGAAACAUCUCAACACUAUCAGUAA